AUGGCGGCGGAGGCGGCGCGGGCGGAGGGGCCCCCGCUGCCCGGGCCCCCGGGGGGGCGGCCCCGGCAAAUCUGCUCCCGCCCCUACUUCGUGGUGCUCAUGGUGUUCGCGCACCUCUACGUGCUGAACGUGCUGGGGCUGCUGCUCUUCGUGCACCUCAGCGCGGGGGACGGGCCGGGGCCCGGGCCCCCGCCCCCUAGCGAGCCCGCGCCCGCGCCCGGCCCCGCCGCGCCCGGCCCCCGGGGGGACGCCCGCCGCCCGCCCGCCCUGCCCCGCCGCGAGGGCAUCAAGGUUGGCCAUAAGCAAAAGGUGGAGCUGGUCCCUAACAAAGUCCAUUUCAUGAAAACUCUCAGCUUGAAACCGCUUCUCUUUGAAAUUCCAGAUUUCCUGACCGAAGAAGAGUGUAAGCUGAUUAUCCACCUAGCUCAGUUGAAAGGGCUGCAGAAAAGCCAGAUCCUGCCUACUGAAGACUAUGAGGAGGCCAUGGAAAUGAUAGAAAUCAGCCAAAUGGACAUCUUCAACCUGCUGGACCACAACCAGGAUGGGCAGCUGCAGCUCAAAGAGGUGCUGACCCACACCCGCCUAGGGAAUGGCAGGUGGAUGACUCCUCAGAGCAUCCGGGAGAUGUACACGGCGGUCAAGGCAGAUCCUGAUGGCAAUGGUGUGUUGAGUUUGGAGGAGUUUAAACAGCUAAACAUUCGUGACUUCCACAAGUACAUGGGGAGCCAGAAAGUGAAGAUGAGCGAUCUGGUGCGGAACAGCCAACACACGUGGCUGUACCAGGGUGAGGGGGCACAUCAGGUCAUGAGGUCUAUACGACAAAGGGUGAUGCGCUUGACCCGUCUGCCUCCUGAGAUUGUGGAGCACAGCGAGCCCCUGCAGGUUGUGCGGUAUGACCAGGGAGGGCACUACCACGCCCAUGUGGACAGCGGGCCGGUGUUCCCAGAGACGGCCUGCAGCCACACCAAACUGAUCACCAACGAGAGCGCUCCCUUUGAGACCUCCUGUCGCUACGUGACAGUGCUGUUCUACCUGAACAAUGUGACGGGGGGAGGAGAGACCAUCUUUCCUAUAGCUGAUAACAGAACCUAUGAAGAGAUGUCUCUGAUUCAGAAUGAUGUUGAUCUACGAGACACACGGAAAAAUUGUGAUAAGGGCAACCUGCGAGUGAAGCCACAGCAGGGCACUGCUGUCUUCUGGUACAACUACCUGUCAGAUGGGGAAGGCUGGGUUGGCGACCUGGAUGAAUAUUCCCUGCAUGGAGGCUGCCUCGUCACUCGAGGAACCAAAUGGAUUGCCAACAACUGGAUCAAUGUUGAUCCCAAUAAGAGGCGCCAGCUCCAGUUCCAGCAGGAGAUGGCUCGCUAUGCCAAAGAGGGGGAUGAGGCCCAGAACGAAUGGACUGUAGAUAAAUCCUACAGCAACGUGCAUGUGGAAUUGUAG